AUGUCGGAGGUCUGCAUCCUCAAGGGCCGGACGAUUAGCCGCUGGUGGAGCUCCGGGUCCCAGGACUACCAGCUCUACCUCGGCGUCGUCCUUCUCUUCUUUUCGCUCGUCAUCGCGCUGCCCAUGGCCAAGUUCGGGCUCUUCCUCCUGCGCUACGUGACCGGCGACGUCUACCUGAAGCCGGACGAAGCGCACGAGAUGCUGCUGUCGUCGGGCUCACGUCGCUCCUGUGCCAAAUGGCCGCUCUGGGUCUUUGGCGUGCCAUUGCUGCUAUGGGUCAACGCGGUCGGCAACGUCUACCGCCUCAUCACGGUGCGCAAGGGCUCGGCCAAGACGCUCCUCCACGAAGGCGUGACGGUGCUCAAGAUCCUCGUGCUCGUGAUCUUGUUUUACUUUAUCUACAUCCUCGUCUUUCCUGGCAUUGCCGAAAACAUCAUCCGCGCCUUCUUUACGGGCUUUUGCUCGCUCGUCGCGCUCGCCACGGUCCCCGUCGUCCGCAACGUGACGGGCUCGCAGUUCAUUUUGUUCAACCACGCGCUGCGCCAGCGCCUCCACGUGUCCAUGGCGUCGACGCCGCCCGGCAUGCUCUUGGAUGUGCCCCUUGGGUACGUCAUUACGACCUGCGAUGCGUACUCCAAGACGUAUGUGCCGGCCGGGAAGGCGCUCACGACGCCGCUGGUGGUGUUUGCAGAAAACACGCCCGAGGCCGACGAGCCGCGCUGGCCGCUCCGGCUCCGCAUCCGACUGCCGCCGACGCUGCACGUGGCAGCGGUCCGCCGCUUCCUUCAAGACGUCGACCGUCGGCUGCGCAAAGCGGACGAGCGCGCGGCGCUGCACCCGCACCGGAACGCGAUGUUUGCAGCGACGGCCGCAGCCCCGACGCUGCUGCGCAAGCAGCCGCCGCCCACACGGGAAGAAGACCGGCUCUGCGUGUCGAUCGAAGGCCGCUGGGUCGUCCACGUCUUUGGCGACAUUGCGGCCAAGUCGCGCGAGGUGUUUCGCGAUCGACUCUCGCAGAAGGUCCAGCUGAUGAUGAGCAUUGUCGAAUCGCAUGCGCUCACGGCCAACGUCGAGCAGGCGUGA